ACGGUUCCACACACGCGCGCGUUUUGUUUGCAAUAUGCAUCGCUAUGUUACAGAUAACGACUCCGUACAACAUCCGCAAUCAUCCAUGUUGCCUGGAGCCAAAUGAAAAUUUAACUCUAGCGAUGAUAAUAGAUGCGUUCGAGAUAUACGGACACGACCCGACGGACAAGCUGGAUAACUUGUGGCUAUACCAGAACGAGAUGUUGAGGAUAAAGACGGCUGAGGAUCAAUAUUUAAUCAAUGAAAGGGUCCACAUAGCGACCGAUCACCUGGGUCGCUUCAUCAAACUACACAUACAAGAAUUAAAAGUCCUUCUCAUAACACUGGACGAUGUCAUAGACAACAUGCUGACUAUGUAUGAGAAUCACAACUCUAUAGCGGCCGAACGAAAAGCUACGUACACGGGCGGACCAGUGCCUAUGGAAUUUUAUAUUAGUCAAGAAUUUUACUGCGGGAAGAAUGUUUAUAUUUUUUUCUCGGAGUUGUACAGCGACAUAUACAAUAUGGGCAGAGGAAUAGCGCCAUAUUGCAAAGACCGCUCAUUUGUUUUCUUAGGAUUCCUACAUUAUCACGACGAGAACAAAUACUAUCUUAUAGACGAUCCGAGCAUAUCCUUCCCAACGGACAAUUACUUACAUGGCUUAGAAUGCCAUAUUGGCAUUUGUAUAUUUAGGUUCCCAUUCAAAAAAUUGAUGCAAAGGGAAAGAGACGUGACAACUCUGCCAAAAGCAAUUGUGAAAUGUGGUCUCGUGAUGUACAAGCUGCCGCCGCUGACCGCCGCUUCGUGUAUUAUCACGUCAGGAUCAUUCAUAUUAGACUUCAACAUACAAGGACUGCGGUAUCGACAUUACGAUUUUUUACUAACUACCCCAAACGGUAACACAUACUAUACUAAAGAAGAACACACGCCAUUAGUGUGCGACCACCACGUCUGCGAGUGGAACUACACCAAUCAUUACGGCGGUCCAUUCCUUAUCCCGGGCGAUCCAGGAACGGGCAUCGAUCCGGUGCCGCCAUAUAUAGAGCCUACACCCAAACCCGAAGAACAGGAAGAGGACAAUAUAACCGUACCUUAUAUUCUCGACGGCUGUCUAUUCAUGUACCCGCCUAAUUACGGUUCAAUAGCCGGCAAGAGUUACUUAGAUCAAGUUGAACUACACGACCAGAGAUUCACGUGCAACGCCGGAGGCGGUAACAAGGGACUCUAUUGGUAUCCGCAAUGGAUGGGCGCUGUGCCCCACCACCCGUAUCCCUCGAUAGUGGAAGAAAAAGGGGCUUUUGAGCCCCCCGGUCCCUUCUAUCCACAUCAAAACUACGAAAUGAAUGAAGAGGAUGCGGACAAUUAGGUAUAGGGUACAAUUUUAAGAGAAAUAAAAGAUAUUGUCAA